AUGCCCAAGCCGCGAACAAAACGAGGCGCCGUGCGCGAGGAGCGCAAGCGCAAACAUUCCGAAACUGCCAAUCCCAACGCCCACGAACACAAGCGCCAGCGCCGAGACGAUGACGAAGGCGACUACAACAACACCAACGACUACAGCACUCACUACCACAACGCAAAUGGCGAGGAGGAGGACUACGGAUCCUCGCAUCACCAGGGCGGUGGUGGUCCCGGCGAACGCGAGUUCUUCGGCAUGCUGGCCGACGACGAGCAGGAGUACUUCCGACGAGCCGACGAGAUGCUCGAGCUGAACCAGUUCCCGACCCCCGAGGACCGCGACAUGUUCCUGCAGAGCGUCUACCGCGAGGCCAGGGGCAAGGAGCUCAAGAUCGCCAGCAGCCAGUCCUGCUCGCGGCUCAUGGAGCGCCUGAUCCAGCUCGCCAGCACCUCGCAGAAGAAGCAGCUGUUCGAGGCCUUUGGCGGCCACUUCCUGUCGCUGGUGCAGCACCGCUUCGCCAGCCACUGCUGCGAAGCCCUCUUCCUCCGGUCCGCCGGCGUCGUCACGCAGGAGCUCGCCGGCUUUACCGGCUUCGUCAUGGACACCAAGGGCGCCGACGUCGAGGAGCAGCAGCCGGAGGCGUCCAUGGAGCACCUGUUCCUGGCCACGCUGGACGAGCUCGAGGGCAGCCUGGGGUACCUCAUCACCGACCGCUUCGCCUCACACACGCUGCGGGUCCUGUUGCUCGUCUUGUCCGGGAUGCCCCUGGAAGAACAAUCAUCGCGGACGCUGCUCAAGAGCAAGAGGAAAGAGAAGAUUACAGUGGUUGGGUCAACAGAGGCGGAUGCGCAAAACCGCGGCAAGCGAGCUGUGCCGGCAUCCUUCAUCAUGGCGGCCAACAAGAUUAUGCGGGAUUCGGUGGAAGGGAUGGACGCCACGGCGAUUCAGGUCCUGGCCAAGCACCCCAUUGGCAACCCGAUCCUGCAGCUCAUCUUGGAGCUGGACCUGACGCUCAACAAGGGUGAGGCCAAGGCCAAAGGCGAGGAUGGGAACGCUGGCGAUGCCUCGCCUUCUCUGCUCCAGAAGCUGCUCCCUGGAGCCCCUAAAUCUCUAUCUGAUGGCUCUUCUGCGGCCUCCGAGUUCGUCAACGGCAUGAUCUACGACCAAAUCGGCUCCCGGCUCAUCGAGACCCUCGUCACUCACGCGCCGGGAAAGAUCUUCAAGGCGCUCAACCAAAACAUUUUCCUUCCUAGGAUACAGGGCUACGUCCGCAACGACAUCUCCUGCUACCCGGCCAUCCGGGUACUGCAGCGGCUCGGCAAAGAUGAUCUCGCCAAGGCCGUCGAUCAGAUUGCGCCGACCGUCCCACAGCUGGUCUCCAAAGCAAGAUACAACGUCCUGUCGACCCUCUUCGAGCGAUGCGCGGCCCGAAACAUCAAUGACGAAAUCAAGAAGUUAAUGAAGGGCCUGAAAGAGGGCUGCGGCAGUCAACCCGCCGACCUAGUCAUGACAUUGUGCUCUUUAUCUGCCAGCGAAGAGGAAGAGCAGAAAAAGAAGAAGGAUGUACAGCAGGUGACCAAGAACCAAUACGCCGUCCAGUCUCACGGCGCCAAGCUGUUGACCACUCUCCUAUCCAUCCCCGGCCCAUCCAAGGCCGUCCACGAAUCCAUCCUCGCCUUGCCAUCCGACCUCGUCCUCCGCCUCGCCAACACCUCGCUGCCCACCGUCACCGUCCUCACCACCGCCAUCGCCACGCCGUCUUCCAACUCCGUCUUCCAAAAGGGCCUCGUCAACACGCUGAUGCCACACAUAGCCGACCUGGCAACAUCCCAGUACGGCCACAACCUCAUCAACGCCAUCGCCGAGAUCCCCAGCAAGGGCAAGGACUGGAGCAUACCCCAGCACAUCAAGGACAAGGUCAUGACCGCCCUCGCGUCGCACGAGCCCCAGCUGAGAGAGUCGUGGAUGGGGCGGAGCGUCUGGCGGACGUGGAAGGGAGACAUGUGGAAGACGCGGCGCUUUGACUGGAAGAACUGGAUGAAGGAGCUUGACGAAAUCAAGGCGCCGGCUGCGGCUGCGCCCAAGAACAAGGGCGAAGUCAAGGCCAACGGCGAGAAAAAGACGGCAAAGGAGGAGGAGGCGGAGGAGGAUGCUGAGCAAAAGGACGAAAAGACGGAUGAAGUUGCGGAAGACGUAAACGGAAACGGCAACGGCAACGACGAAGCUGCCGCCGUCCGAAAAGAGAAGAAGGAUAAGAAGGACAAGAAGGCAAAAAAGGAAAAGAAGGAGAAGAAGAAGAAGGCGGAAGAAGAAGCGGGAGAAGGCGGCGAGGCGCAGGAAAAGAAGAAGAAGAGAAAAGAGAAGAAGAAGAAAUCCAAGGACGGCGACGUCGAGAUGGCUGAUGCCGAGGAGUGA